AUGCGGAUCUCACGCAUCAUCGCUGUCGCGGCAUCGCUCUCUUACAGCGCUCUCGCUGCGAACAAUGGGUUGCAGACGACUGUGGAAUGGGACAAUGGCUCACUGAUGAUCAAAGGCGAGCGCAUCAUGAUUAUGAGUGGAGAAUUCCACUACACUCGCCUCCCCGUCCCCGCCCUCUGGUCCGACGUAUUCCAAAAAUUCAAAGCAAACGGCAUAAACACCGUAAGCAUCUACUUCUUCUGGUCCUACCACUCGGCGUCCCGCGGCACCUACGAUUUCACCUCGCCAGCAAAAGACCUGCAGCGUCUCCUCUCCGCAGCCCGAGAAGCAGGCCUCUACGUUAUCGCGCGCCCGGGCCCUUACUGCAACGCCGAAACCAACGGCGGCGGCUUCGCUCUAUGGACCAGCGACGGCAGCGGCGGCAAGUACCGCACAAGCGAUGCCACGUACCGCGAAUCAUGGUCCGAAUGGGUUGCGCAAGUCGGAAGUAUCAUUGCGAAGAACCAGAUUACAAACGGCGGACCCGUGAUACUUACGCAGGUGGAAAAUGAAUUGCAGCAGACGCGCUAUGUGGCUAAUGAUACGCUGGUGUUGUACAUGGAGCAGCUCAAAACCGCAUUCAAGAACGCGGGCAUUAUCGUUCCCUUGACGCACAACGAGAAGGGGUUCCGGUCGAAGAGCUGGUCGUCCGACUACAAGAAUGUCGGUGGGGCGAUUGAUGUGUAUGGGCUGGAUAGUUAUCCUGGAGGCAUGAGUUGUACGAAUCUUGACACGGGGUUUAAUCUGCCCAGGACGUAUUAUCAGUGGUUCCAGGAAGUGUCGCCGUCGCAGCCAGAGUAUCUACCUGAGUUUGAGGGCGGCUGGUUUCAGCCGUGGGGUGGGUACUUUUUUGAUCAGUGCAAGGCGGAGCAGAGCCCGGAGUUUGCGGAUGUGUUUUAUAAGGGGUUAGUUGGACAGAGGGCUACGCUGUUGAAUUUGUACAUGGCGUAUGGCGGUACUAACUGGGGUCAACUCGCUGCACCUGUCGUCUACACUUCAUACGACUACAAUGCACCUCUCCGCGAGACUCGCGAGAUUCGCCCGAAGUUCUCACAGUACAAGCUUCUUGCUCUCUUCACCCGUGUGAGCAAGGGCCUGCAUAAUACCUUCAUGGAAGCAAACGGCACAGCGAACGCCGUCUCGAGCUCUGCCAUCUGGACCUGGCAGCUUAAGAAUCGCGAGUCGGAUGCACGGUUCUAUCUUGCUGAAAACAACAAUACGCGCACGAGGGAUGUGACUGGAUUUUCCAUGACGGUCAAGACGUCCGAGGGCGAUGUGACGAUCCCGACUAUGCAGCUUGCGGGGCGGCAGAGUAGAUGGGUUGUCACGGAUUAUGCGGUUGGAAAUGAGACGUUGCUUUACUCUUCGGCGGAAAUUGCAUCAUACGGAUUGUUUGAUCGCCCUGUUGUUGUCUUCUACACGCGGCAAGGUCAGGUUGGCGAGUUUGCCUUCAAGUCGCGUGGUAACCUCACGUUCAAGACGUGGGGCGCAGAAUCCGACAUUGCGAGUGUACCGGCAAACGGAACGUAUUCUCGCUUCAGUUUUACUCAAAGCAAGGGAGUGACGGUUGUCGAGUUCUCCAAUGGGGUUCUGGCAUACCUUUUGGAUAUUCCAUCAGCAUGGACGUUUUUUGCACCGCCAACGACUAACGAUCCCAGCGUCACGCCCGAUAAACAAGUUUUUGUCCGCGGACCUUAUCUUGUUCGGUCAGCAAGCAUUGAAGAUGGGACUGUUGCUAUCAUUGGCGAUAAUGCAAAUGCAACUUCAAUAGAAGUCUACGCUGGCGCAAACGUUGAGACGAUAUCGUGGAACGGCCGAAGACUCGACACCACGAAGACGCCAUAUGGUGCUCUUACUGCCAAUCUCGAAGGAAUUGCAGAUCGCCAGGUCACACUCCCAGCAUUAUCCAACUUCAAAGCUGCGGACUCGUCACCAGAAAUCCAACCCUCGUUCGACGACGGCAACUGGGUUGUUGCGAACAAGACGACUACCCUCAGUCCAGUCAAGCCACUUACCCUACCUGUACUCUUUAGCAGUGACUACAAGUUUUAUACGGGCGCAAAAAUCUACCGUGGCUACUUCUCUGGAAAGAUAGCCACAGGGUUCAACAUCACAGUACAAGGAGGUGUAGCCGCAGGAUGGAAUGCAUGGCUCAACGGACAAGCCCUUGGAUACCAUGGAGGCAACGCCUCACUCACAUCAACUACAGCGCAGCUAUCCUUUGGCAACGCGACAAUGCUGGAGCAAGGCAAUGUCCUGACCGUGAUCACCGACUACACGGGCCACGAUCAGACGUCCACCGGACCGGCAGGAGCCCAGAACCCCCGCGGUAUCCUAGGCGCACAGCUCCUCACUGCCAAUGGAACCAAGCUACCUUUUGACCAGUGGAAGAUCCAAGGAAACGCUGGUGGAGAAAAAAAUCUAGACCCCGUUCGCGGGCCAAUGAACGAAGGUGGUCUAUACGGCGAGCGUCUAGGUUGGCACCUCCCCGGCUUCGACACUGCAUCUUGGAAAUCUGCGAGUCCAACAGUCGAAGGCGCCGAGGGCGCUGCGAUACGCUGGUUCACUACCACCUUUCCGCUUGACAUCGAUGCCGAUCUUGAUGUUCCGAUUGGGAUUGAACUGGGGGCGCCCAAGGGCACGAUUGCGCGCGUCAUGCUGUUUGUGAAUGGAUACCAGUACGGAAAGUUUGUGCCGCAUAUUGGGCCGCAGACGCGGUUCCCGGUUCCGCCUGGUAUACUCAAUAUGAGGGGGGAGAAUACGCUGAGUGUGGUUGUGUGGGCACAGACGGAUAAGGGGGCUAAGCUAGAUACGUUGAGAUUGGUCGAGUAUGCGCGGUAUGAGAGUGGAUUUGGGUUUGGCGAGAUUGAUGGUGAGGAGCUGCAGCCGAGGUGGGAGGAUCGAAGUCAGUAUGCUUGA